GUGCCGCCAUCAUGUCUUCUGAGACUCCAAACUCAACCAUCUCCAGAGAGGCCAGUACUCAAUCCUCAUCUGCUACCACCAGCCAAGGCUAUGUUUUACCAGAAGGCAAAAUCAUGCCAAACACCAUUUUUGUUGGUGGGAUUGAUAUUAGGAUGGAUGAAAGUGAAAUAAGAAGUUUCUUUGCUAGAUAUGGUUCAGUGAAAGAAGUGAAGAUAAUCACAGAUCGAACUGGUGUGUCCAAAGGCUAUGGAUUUGUUUCAUUUUACAAUGACGUGGAUGUGCAGAAGAUAGUAGAAUCACAGAUAAAUUUCCAUGGUAAAAAGCUGAAACUGGGCCCUGCAAUCAGGAAACAAAAUUUAUGUGCUUAUCAUGUGCAGCCACGUCCUUUGAUUUUUAAUCCUCCUCCUCCACCACAGUUUCAGAGUGUUUGGAAUAAUCCAAACAGUGAAACUUAUGUGCAGCCUCCAACCAUGAUGAGUCCUAUAACUCAGUAUGUUCAGGCAUAUCCUCCUUAUCCAAAUUCACCAGUUCAAGUCAUCACUGGUUAUCAACUGCCUGUUUAUAAUUAUCAGAUGCCGCCACAGUGGCCUGCUGGGGAACAAAGGAGUUACGUUAUACCUCCGGCUUAUACAACUGUUAACUACCACUAUAAUGAAGUCGAUCCAGGAGCUGAAGUUUUGCCAAAUGACUGCUCAGUUCAUGAAGCUACUUUGUCCUCUGGAAAUGGCCCACAGAAGAAAUCUGUGGACCGAAGCAUUCAGACAGUAGUAUCUUGUCUGUUUAAUCCGGAGAAUAGACUGAGAAACACUCUUGUUACUCAGGAUGACUACUUCAAGGAUAAAAGAGUUCACUUCAGAAGAAGUCGCACAGUGCUUAAAUCUGAUCAUCUCUGCUAACUUUCUAGUCUCAGGAAGUUGCUGGUUUUGAAUAUGAAGUCACUGAAAGUUGCUACUAUACAUAUUUAAUUCUAAAAGUUUGACAAACCAUAU